UUGUCUACUUGAAAAACAUUAACAUUACAGGACAGUACUUCACCCUUAAUAGAACAAUUAAUUUUUUUCCAUGAUCACAGAUUAAUAAUUUUAAUUAUCAUUACAAUUUUAAUUAGUCAAAUUAUAUUAUCUUACUUAUUAAAUAAAUUUAACCAUCGAUUCUUUUUACAAAACCAAACUAUAGAGCUAAUUUGAACUAUUAUACCCAUUAUAAUUUUAAUUAUAAUUGCUUUACCAUCUCUGCGAUUAUUAUAUAUUAUAGAUGAACUUAAUAAACCUGCCCUUUCUAUUAAAAUUAUUGGACAUCAAUGAUAUUGAACAUAUGAAUAUUCAGAUUUACAUAAUAUUAAUUAUGACUCUUAUAUAAUUCCACAAAAUAACUUCAACUUUCGAUUAUUAGAUGUCGAUAAUCGAAUAGUAAUUCCUUUUAACACUUAUAUUCGUCUAUUAAUUACUUCAGAGGAUGUAAUCCAUUCAUGAGCUUUACCUUCAGCCGGAUUAAAAAUUGAUGCAACUCCUGGACGUCUUAACCAAGCAAAUAUAUUUAUUAAUCGAACUGGAAUUUUCUUUGGUCAAUGCUCCGAAAUUUGCGGUUCCAACCACAGAUUUAUACCUAUUGUAGUAGAGAGAAUCUCUUCUAAUUUUUUUCUUAAAUGAUUAAAAAAUAAUUAA